UUCUAUAAAAGCCAGAAGCGUUGAGGUAUAUUAUCAUUUGUUCUUUUUUGAAAAUUGUUACUGAGGAAGGUUAUCGUAAUCCGCUCUCACUGUUAACUUAUAUUUGAAGGAAGUACAUUUUAUUGAUUAAGGAUGCAGAUCUUUGUAAAAACGCUAACAGGAAAAACUAUCACUCUGGAAGUGGAGCCUAGUGACACCAUUGAAAAUGUCAAGGCCAAAAUUCAAGACAAAGAAGGAAUUCCCCCAGACCAACAGAGAUUAAUUUUUGCUGGAAAACAGUUGGAGGAUGGUCGCACAUUGUCAGACUAUAACAUUCAAAAAGAAUCUACUCUUCAUCUAGUGUUGAGACUCCGUGGGGGCAUGCAGAUCUUUGUGAAAACCCUUACCGGCAAAACCAUUACCCUAGAAGUUGAACCCAGUGACACAAUUGAAAAUGUGAAGGCUAAGAUCCAAGACAAAGAAGGAAUCCCUCCAGACCAGCAGAGGUUGAUUUUUGCAGGAAAGCAGUUGGAAGAUGGAAGAACUUUAUCUGAUUACAAUAUUCAAAAAGAGUCAACACUUCACUUAGUGCUGAGGCUCAGAGGAGGCAUGCAGAUCUUUGUUAAGACUCUGACAGGUAAAACUAUCACCCUGGAAGUUGAACCAAGUGACACUAUUGAAAACGUAAAGGCUAAAAUCCAGGAUAAAGAGGGGAUCCCUCCAGACCAGCAAAGGUUGAUUUUUGCAGGAAAGCAGUUGGAAGAUGGAAGAACUUUAUCUGAUUACAAUAUUCAAAAAGAGUCAACACUUCACUUAGUGCUGAGGCUCAGAGGAGGCAUGCAAAUCUUUGUUAAGACUCUGACAGGUAAAACCAUCACCCUGGAAGUUGAACCAAGUGACACUAUUGAAAAUGUGAAGGCUAAAAUUCAGGAUAAAGAGGGGAUCCCUCCAGACCAGCAGAGGUUAAUUUUUGCUGGCAAGCAACUGGAGGAUGGAAGAACCUUGUCAGAUUAUAACAUACAGAAGGAGUCGACCCUCCACUUAGUAUUGAGAUUGCGUGGUGGUCAGUAAAAUUUUUCUCUACAAAAUUCUCCAUGUAAUUGUUAAAGCUAAAAAAAUUGUAUAUGAUAACAUAAAUUUGUUUUUUUCUUUUUGUGAAAACUAUACCAUCCACAGAUUACCCAAGCAUGGAUGUAAUUUCUUCUUUAUGCAAUAAAUUUUGAGGACCAUUUAAGUAUGA